AUGAGCGGCGCCAGUUGGAGAGCUGCCCUGAGCUCCUCAGGCAUAUUUUUUGUAUCUCUCCUAUCGCGGAGGCUGCAUGCAGCAGCAGCAGCUGCUGCUGCUGCUCCCCGCUGCGGAGCCUGGUGGGCUGGAGGCCGCAGGACUUUCCCUCUAUCCGGAGCAGCACCAGGAGCAGCAGGAGCAGCAGGAGCAGCAGCAAAGGUUUCCACGUCCUUCGCGUGCCAGUCUGCUCUGCUCCCGCGCGCCUGCAUCUUCCGCGUCCCUGCAGCAGCAGCAGCAGCAGCAGCGGGAGCGUGGUUCCCCGUUGCUGCAGCAGCAGCAGCAAGCCCCCCUGUGAGCGGCUGCGCACUGCAGCAGCAGCGGGCCUUCGGCGUGAAGCGAGUGACUCAGAAGCGGCGCCACCAAAUGCGCAUAUUGCGCCCCAAGCAGGAGCCCUACAGGCCCCCCCCCGAGGCCCCAGGGCCCCCCGGGGCCCCCGGGGCCCCCGACGCCCCCGGGGCCCCCGACGCCCCCGGGGCCCCCGGGGCCCCCGGGGCCCCCGGGGCCCCCGGGGCGGCCGUGCGGGGCGCAGCGGCGCCUCUGCCGCUGUCGCUGGUGAACUCGGGGCCAGUGCGGCGGCUGCUGCUGAGCGGGUCCGGCGCUGCUGCUGCUGCUGCUGCUGCAGUGGACUGGGGGCAGUACCUGCCGCCGGGGCGGGGCGUGCGGUGGCACCCCAGCGGGGCCUGGCGGGUGCAGUUCGACCGCCGCUGCGCAGAACGCAACUUCUUCGUCCGCGCAGAUCUUUACUUCCGCGCGAAGGCGACGCAGGCCCGGGACCGCGGGGGCAACUGCGGCUCUUCACCGCCGGGCGCCGCGCGCACUCUUGAGGGGCACCUGGGGGCCCCCUGGGGGCCCCCUGGCGACCGUUGGGGCCCCCUUGGGGCCCCCGUGGGGCCCCGUUGGGGCACUCUUGGGGCCCCCGUGGGGCCCCCGUGGGGCACUCUUGGGGCCCCCAAGUGA